AUGUCGGAACCAGCUGUUUUCAUUGUUGAUUUGAAGUCUAUGAAGAAUGAUAUGCUGUCUGCCAUUGAGAGCAUUGGCUUGGAUUGUCUGAAGAGGUUGCAAAAUCUUUCACAGUGUAUUGCUGUUAUUGUAUUCAACAUCUUGCAACAUCUCCUCAUCAUCAUUCUGAAGAUUUAA